AUGGCCAGACUGUGGCGAGCCCCACCCAAGUUUCAUCCCGCGGAAUGGGACAUUGCAAAUCAGAUGCAGCGUGCCAGCACAGAGUCUCAGAAGUCCAGGUCCGAGCGCGUGAUAGCUGAGAGCCGGAGGCUGCUGGAUGAAGUAGAAAAGACAACUCAGAAAACCCAGAGCGAUGUCAACAAGAAAAUAGCACAGAGAUGGGAAGAAAUAAAAUUCUGGAAGCAAGAAUUAGAUAACAAACUCGAACAAAUUGUUCAUGAGACAGAGGUACUCUUGACUCUCAAGACUAGGCUGGAGAAAUCUUUGGAAAGCUGCAAAGAGCCGCUCAUCAUUGCCCAGAAGUGUCUCCUGAACAGGCAGAGGCGAGCUGGGAUUGACUUGGUGCAUGAUGAGGUGGAACAGGAGCUGGUGAAGGAAGCUGAAGUCAUCCAAGGGGUUAUCGCUUUGCUUGGACGUACAUUGGAACAAACCAAGGAGCAAAUCAGACUAAACCGUUCAGCAAAAUACAACCUGGAAAUGGAUCUGAAGGACAAGUUCCGAGCUUUGAUGAUUGAUGAUUACUGUGCUGCCUUGACAAACACCACUCCUGAUAUCGGAUACGUGCAGAAUGCAGUGAAAAUAGAAGGAAACUUUGUUAGCCCCGAAGACUGGAUCGAUUUCUCAAACACGAACAUUGAGAAGGCUGACAAGCAGAGAAACAAUUCCUUGGCGCUCCGAGCGCUGAUUGACGGCAUCCUCUCGCAGACCGCGAAUGACAUGCGCAAGCAACGGGAGGUGGUGAAUGUCGCGUUCAGAAGGAGGGUGGAGGAGGUCAAGGACGCCAAGCGCAAGCUAGAGACGCUCCUUGCGAUGGUGCUGGAUGAGGCUGCCUUGCAGGAGAAGAACAUUGCAGUCUUGCAGAAAGCCAUCGCUGACAAAGAAGGGCCUGGGAAAGUGGCUCAAACCCGCCUGGAAGCAAGAAGCCGUCGCCCCAACGCGGAGCUGUGUUACGACGCGGCGCAGCACCGGCUGAUGGGGGAAGUUCAGGAGAUCACAAACAAUAUUCAAAGGUUAAAGGACACGCUGGCCCAGGCUGAGAGCGAGCUGAAAGGUCUGAGCCGCCGACAGCUUUCCUUGGAGGAGGAGAUCCAGGUCAAGGAGAACACGCUGUACAUUGACGAGGUGCUCUGCAUGCAG